AUGAUGAAGAUUAAUCAACAACAAUUCAAAACAACAGUAAUCAUUUCAAGUCUACUUGCAGUACUCUUCAUUGUUUAUUGUUUGGAUAUUUCCCUUAUAACAGCAGAGGAAGAGGUACGUGUUGAGAAGGAGGGACAAUCAACAACACCAUUACCAGAUCAUGAUCAAUCUGGUAAAUACUCUUCCUCAUCAAAUCCUCAAUUAAAUAUUAAAACAGAAGAGAAAUCUAAAAAGUUAUCAAGGAAGAAAUCAAAGAAGAAUAUUUGGAAAAAUGUUAUGAAAGGAUUGAACCAAGGAUAUCAGAAUGAUUGGUUUGAUAAUCAAUGGUUUCAAUCAUCACCUUUUUCUAACUUUGAUGAAUCUUUCAAUUCCAUGAGAAGAAGAAUGAAUAACAUGAUGAGAAGAUCAAACAUGUUGCCUUCCCUCUUUGAUGAUCAUCAAUGGUGGGAAGAUUAUACCAAUUCUUUCAAUUCUAUGAAUAAUAAUGCUCAAAAGAGUAUCAGCUCUUCAUCUUCAUCAUCAAGUGAAAGUUCUUCAAUGAGAGAAACAUCUACUGAUAAGCCAUUGAGACGUAGAGGUCCAAUUUCAUCUGUGAUUAGAACUAUUAAUCAAGAUGGAUGA